AUGGGCAAGAAACCAGCAGCACCAUGCUACGUCCUCGGCGUUGGCAUGACCAAAUUCAUCAAGCCCAGAGGCAAAGUCGACUAUACAGAACUAGGCUUCGAAGCCGGUGUCAAGGCCAUGCUAGAUGCACAAGUCAACUACGAUGAUGUCGAGCAAGGUAUCGCCUGCUAUUGCUAUGGCGACAGCACUUGUGGUCAACGCGUCUUCUACCAGUUUGGCAUGACCCAGAUCCCCAUCUACAAUGUCAACAACAACUGCAGUACUGGUUCGACAGGGCUAAAUCUUGGUCGUACCAUGAUUUCGAACGGAGCUGCUGAUUGUGUCUUGGUUGUCGGAUUCGAGAAGAUGUUCCCAGGUUCCUUGCAGAGUUUCUUCCAGGAUCGUACCAACCCUACUGGUACCACUGUGGACAUGAUGAAGGCGACCAGAGGUAUCACCAACGCUCCUGGUGCUGCUCAAAUGUUUGGUAAUGCUGGUAGAGAGUAUAUGGAGAAGUACGGAGCGAAGAAGGAAGACUUUGCUGAGAUUGCUCGAAUCAACCACGAACACUCGAAGCGUAAUCCUUAUUCGCAGUUCCAGGACGAAUACACACUGCAACAGGUCAUGGACUCAACGUCGAUUCACGAACCCCUGACAAAGCUGCAAUGCUGCCCUACCUCAGAUGGUGGUGCAGCCGCAGUCCUGGUUUCCGAAGACUUCCUAAAUGCUCGACCCCAUCUUAGAGAGCAAGCGAUCCUCAUUGCUGGUCAAUGUCUUGCAACUGAUGCGACUUCACUGUUCUCGCGCAGCAGCAUCGACCUGAUGGGAUACGAGAUGACAAAAAAUGCAGCAAAGAGGGCACUGGACGAAGCAGGUGUUUCAAUAUCCGAAGUCAAAGUUUGCGAACUCCAUGACUGUUUCUCGGCCAACGAAAUGAUUGUCAUUGACGCACUCGGGUUGAGCGAACACGGCAAGGCACACGAGAUGGUGCGCAAAGGAGAUAUCACUUACGGCGGUAAGAUGGUCAUCAACCCAUCUGGUGGACUUAUCUCCAAGGGUCAUCCGCUCGGUGCCACCGGCAUUGCACAAUGUGCCGAGUUGGUAUGGCAUCUCCGAGGCUGGGCCAACAACCGAUUGGUCAAGGGCACUACAGUGGCGUUGCAACACAAUCUCGGACUGGGCGGUGCCGUGGUGGUCACGGUGUACAAGAGAGCAGAUGGCAAGGCAUGCGAGUCGAUGGAUUCGCAGACGGUCGGCCAGAAGAACGGGCUCGGCUACAACCCAGCUGUUGAAGCCAAGGGAUUCAGCAAAGACCAAGUGAACCGGGUUCGCAGCAAGGUGCACAGGAGUGACUGGGCGCUGGCAGACACGGAGCGAAAGGUGGAGGCGCGAUUCUGA